CGAAACCCGGGCCCAACUCUUCGACCUCCCCCCUUCGAUCUCUUGUCGCCCGUCGCCCCCUUCGCCCAACUUUAUCCGACAAGUUUAGAGACAUACAGCCAAGAUGUCUGGAAGAGGUCGUGGAUGCUCCGGCAACAAGCUGAAGAUGACGCUCGGUCUGCCUUGCGGCGCCGUGCUCAACUGCUGCGACAACUCCGGUGCCCGGAACCUCUACAUCAUCUCGGUCAAGGGUAUCGGUGCUCGCCUGAACCGUCUCCCCGCCGCCGGUGUCGGUGACAUGGUCAUGGCCACCGUCAAGAAGGGAAAGCCCGAGCUCCGGAAGAAGGUCAUGCCCGCUGUCGUCGUCCGUCAGAGCAAGCCCUGGAGACGCCCCGACGGUAUCUACCUGUACUUUGAGGACAACGCUGGUGUUAUCGUCAACGCCAAGGGUGAGAUGAAGGGUUCCGCCAUCACUGGUCCCGUUGGAAAGGAGGCUGCUGAGCUCUGGCCUCGUAUCGCUUCCAACUCCGGUGUCGUCAUGUAAAUUGGCCCUUACCAGGCGGAGUGACAUGCGAUUUUGAACGAUACCAGUCGGGAAUCAUGGGGUGUGCAUCAAGUAUGACCAACAAAAAUGAAAACGAUUCAUUAAAAAAAAAAUAUUUAAAC